GUUCUUCGGUUUGUUUUGAACGGAGGAGCGGAAGAGCCGCUUCAGCUAAACUUUAAUAAAGUUAUAUUUUAAUGAAUUAAACCCUUAAAUAUACAGAUAUUACAGUAUUUAAACCAUUAAAUACAGAGAUAAUGCAGUAUUUAAACCCUUACUAUACACAGAGCGCGCGGGUCUGUAUUAAAAUAAUGUAGUUUAUUAGCGGGUAGUUUAGCAGAAGCUGCUGCAGAAACACAGAAAUGAGAAUAAAAUGAUUUAUUUACUGAUAAACUCUGUUAUUUUUAUUUAUAUUACUGUAAUAAACCCGCUGCCGGGCUGCUGCUCCUCUGUGGAGGUUCUGGUUGAAGCUGAUAAACCCCUCAGAAAACUCACACACUUCUGGAGGAGCUCAGGAUUCUGCCCUCCCCAGCCGCACUCAGACUCCGCCCACUAUGACCUGAGUAUUGAUCAGCAGCUGAACCUGGCUCUGAUCGGCUCCACGCCUCACUCCGGACUGCAGCAGGUCCGGAUCCACUGGAUGCUGGAGCUGAUAUCAGCACGGAUUACUAAUGGAGAAUAUCACUAUAACUUCACCCUCCUGGACCAACUGAUUGAACUUCUGUACCAGAAUGGACUCAAGCCUGGGUUUGAGCUGAUGGGCAGUGUGAGGAACACCUUCACUGAUUUUGAGGAUAAAGAGCAGGUGGUGGAGUGGAGGCGGCUGGUUUACCUCAUUGCCAACAGAUACACGGAGAAGUAUGGCCUCAGUUAUGUGUCUCAGUGGAACUUUGAGACGUGGAACGAGCCGAAUAAUCACGACUUUGAUAACAUCUCCAUUACCAUCCAAGGUUUUCUGAACUACUAUGAUGCGUGUUCUGAGGGUCUGCGAUUGGUCAGCCCCGUGUUGAAGUUCGGGGGUCCGGGGGACGCCUGCCGAGACCCCCCGCGCUCUCCGUACUGCUGGGCUUUACUGCAGCACUGCUACAACGGCACCAACUACUUCACCGGCCAGAGAGGAGUCCGACUGGACUACAUCGCCCUGCACAAGAAGGGUGGAAACAACACAUUGCCCAUUCUGCAGCAGGAAGUGGCCACAGCGCAGGAGAUCCAGCGCAGAUUUCCUGAUUUUCGUUCUCUUCCCAUUUAUAACGACGAGGCGGAUCCACUGGUGGGCUGGAACAAACCCCUCACCUGGAGGGCAGAUGUCACCUAUGCAGCCAUGGUGGUCAAGGUGAUCUCUCAGCAUCAGGAUCUGCUCAUCGCCAACCAGAACAACACUGUUAACUACACCCUGCUUAGCAACGACAACGCCUUCCUUAGUUACCACCCCCACCAGUUCACCCAGCGCACCUUAACAGCCCGGUUUCAGAUCAACAACACAAACCCAGCACACGUCCAGCUGCUCCGGAAACCCGUCCUCACUGUGAUGGGCCUGCUGGCCCUGUUAGGUGAGCUGCAGGUGCAGGCCCAGGUGUUUGGAGGUUCUCAGGUGGACGGGUCAGUUGGGGUUCUGGCCAGUGUUCACCUGCCCCAGAUCCCUCACACUGCAGACAGCUGGCAGAGCACUGUACUGAUCUACAACAGCAGAGACAACCUGACCUCCAACAGCUCCACCCUCAUCACCCUGCACCUCACCGGAGCUCCUCCCCCACACACCGAUUUGAUGUAUGUAACCCACUACAUGGACAAUAAUGCGAGUAACCCGUACGAGCUGUGGAGGAAGAUGGGCAGCCCAGAUUACCCUACACUGCAGCAGCUCACACAGCUCAGGAACCAGGAGGAUGCUCAGAGGGAGGGUCCACAGCCGUUUCCUGCGCCGGGUGUUUUAACUCUGACUGUAAAACUGCCCGUUCCAUCCAUCCUGCUCAUUCACGUGUGUUCCCGAGCCACUCUCACACCUGGACAGGUAAACGGUGUGCGUUUCGUCUCCAUUACCCGAGGCCAGGUCCUGAUCGUCUGGAGGGAUCACUGCAUCGGCACAAAGUGUAUAAAGACGUAUGAGGUGGAGUUCUCCAGAGACGGGAUCUCCUUCCAGAGGAUCAACUUUAGAGACUCCAUUUUCACAUCCUUCACCUUCAGCCCAGAGAGUGGGGAGGUGUGUGGGUUCUACAGAGUCAGAGUGGUGGAUUACUGGGAUCGAGCUGGAGAAUAUUCCCCUACUGAGAAAUACACUCAGCUCUGCUGAUACUCAACACACACACACACACACUGAAUGUACGAUUCUGCACUAAACCCUGAGAAUCCGAUUUAAUUACACUGAGACUGAUAUACAUCUACUGAUGGAGCUCCGAGUGUUUCAGCAUACAGUGACAAUUCAGCUAAGAUCUGAGGACCUCAGGUUCGAAUCCAAGUCAUGCUGCUUCUCCAUCAGCAGUCCGAGUGCAGUAGAAUAUGCUGGGGUAAAACUCAAAUCAAUAAAUAUGAUCACUAAUAAUCAAAUAUUAAAAGGAUUAAAUUAUUUUUUAAGUGUGCCACCUAUGUAAAUAUGUUUUCUCUUUAGGGUUUUGAUUGAUAUUUAGUGUUGUUGACAAACAACGGCACAAAAAUGUAAUACAGCAACAACUAAUUAACGAAAAAAUACACACACUUUAGGAACAACCUCAAAUCCAGAAGUUUUAGUUAAGAUUUAAUUCAUUUUCUUAUAAUUUAAAUCCUUAAAGAGGUAGGAGGAUAGUUGAGCUGAACGAUAUUUUGCGGGUUUUAAGUUUUUUUUUUUAAAUAGUGCUGUAAAAAUGUUUUCUUUAAGUUUCAGUAAAUAUGUGCAAAUAAAGAUGAAUAAAUAUAUUGUAUAU